AUGACUUCUUCAUUAGAAUUUGGCGGUUCUGCGAGAACGGAAUUAGAAACACCAACACCAAGAUACGAAAGAACGCAGCAACAACCUGAAAACCCUUUUGCAUCUCUCAUACCCGACCAAACUAUCGCGAUAAUCCCAUCCUUCACUUUAGAGUCUGGCGAAACUUUACACAAUAUCCCCUUGGCAUAUAGUACCAGAGGAAAGCUUUCACCCAAUCGCGACAAUGCCAUGGUCAUCUGCCAUGCGUUGACGGGCAGUGCGGAUGUCAGCGACUGGUGGGGCCCUCUUCUCGGCGGACCUGGCAGAGCCUUUGAUAUAUCCAGAUUCUUUGUGAUAUGCAUGAAUAGUUUGGGAAGCCCGUACGGAAGUGCAAGUCCAGUCACUUGCAAGAAUGGAGAUCCAAACAAUGAGAGAUAUGGUCCCGAGUUCCCUUUGACUACUAUCCGAGAUGACGUCAAUGUUCAUAAGCUUCUUCUAGAUGACUUGGGAGUUCGACAAGUGGCAGCUGUUGUAGGAGGAUCUAUGGGAGGCAUGUUAGUUUUGGAAUGGGCAUACUUCGGCAAGGACUACGUUCGAUCUAUUGUUCCAAUUGCAACAUCCAGCCGACAUAGCGCAUGGGGUAUCAGUUGGGGAGAAGCCCAAAGACAAAGCAUUUAUGCGGAUCCCAAAUACGAUGACGGCUAUUACCCAUUUUCGAACCCUCCAACAGCAGGUCUCGGUGCGGCACGCAUGUCUGCGUUGCUCACAUAUAGAAGUCGGAAUUCAUUCGAGGCAAGGUUUGGACGGAACAUACCCGAUGCUUCCAAGAAACAGACCAUUAGCGAAGGCCAGCAGCCCACUACAGCAUCGGAUAUAAACCGAGCAAUUCAUAAUGAUGGACACAGACAAACAAGGUCACCAAUAACUUCGAGGUCUGGAAGUUCCGCUGCACUUUCAACUAUGGUCAGUGAAAAUAUAACCGCAAAUGGUGGUAAUCCGGCAAACUUCACAGACCCCCAAUUCCAUGGCGCAACUCCCUCCUCAUCCCCACCACCAGAGCGCGCCCCGCUUCCCAAGCGCAAAUCGACUUCUCACUACUUCUCUGCGCAGUCAUAUCUUCGUUACCAAGGUGAGAAGUUUGUCAAGCGUUUUGAUGGAAAUUGUUAUAUUGCCAUAACUCGCAAACUUGAUACCCAUGAUGUUUCCAGAUAUCGAGUUUCAGCAGAUUCACAGGAUCCUAUUGCUGAAGCUCUUUCACAAAUUCAACAACCAACCUUGGUACUCGGUAUUGAAAGUGAUGGACUUUUCACAUUUGAUGAACAAAAGGAGAUUGCAGCUUCCGUUCCAAAUGCACGUCUCAAGAAGAUUGAAUCUCCUGAAGGUCAUGAUGCAUUCUUACUACAGUUUGAACAAGUCAACCAGCACAUUCUAGAUUUCUUGAAUGAAGUGUUACCCGAUAUCAUGGAAGCGCCUGGCAUUGAAGGAGUAGAAGCUGAAGAUGGAGUAGGGGCUGUCACAAGGAGCAGUACUUUUGGAGAGGCGGAAGUGGAUGAUAUUACAGCAUGGUAA